AUGCGAGCGAACCCGAUCGGCCGGACGGGCCUCCGGGGCAGGGGCCGACUGGGCCGCUGGGGGCCGAACCGGGCCGUGGACGCCCUGGUCACCCGUUGGAAGCGGGACGAGCACGGAAACCUGGAGGUCCAUCCGGAGAGUGGGAAGCCCAUCAUGCAGUUCGUGGCCAUUCAGAGGACGGACACGGGGGAAUGGGCCAUUCCUGGGGGAUUCCCCCGCUUGAAGGAGGGGAUGUCCCAGACGCUGUGGCGGGAGUUCCUCGAGGAGGCGCUGCAGGGCCAGGGCAUGGAGAACGGGGAGAGGCAGGACAUCCUCAACAGGACGGCGCAUUUCUUCAACAACGGCGCUCUCCUGUACCGCGGCUACGUGGACGACCCGCGCAACACGGACGACGCGUGGCUGGAGACGGUGGCGUACCACCUGCACGACGCGGAGGGGGACGCCGUCCAGCAGCUGCAGCUCAAGGCGGGAUCCGACGCGAAGGGCGUGGCGUGGCUCGACGCCCGGAAGGAGCUGGACCUCUACGCGUCGCACGAGAGGAUCCUGCAGAUGGCGGUCGAGGCGGUGCAGGCGCAUUGGUGAACCCGGUUUAAAGGGAAUCCUGGGGUUUAAAGGGACUCGUCCCGACGGCGACGGUGCACUGCCGUUUUCUUUCGAGUGCCGAUUUCCUUAUUUCCUUGCACGACCUGAUUUCUCGAGACGGCGCAGGCGCGUCUCGAUUGGGCUUCGGUUGCGCCUUCGACCGGCGUCAAAUUAUUUACUUUUUUUUUCUGUUUCGUGGGAAGGCAUUCCUGGUAGAAGUAAAACUUAAUGAAAUAAAAUGUAAAAUAUUUUAUUUGUGAUUGGCUUUGUCUUUGCCUUCCCCAGAGUGCGUC